GUCUCAGACGAUGAACUACGUGGGGCAGCUGGCCGAGACCGUCUUUGUCACCGUGAAGGAGCUGUACCGGGGCCUGAACCCUGCCACGCUGACAGGCUGCAUCGAUGUGCUGGUGGUGAGGCAGCCCGAUGGCUCCUUCCGCUGCUCCCCCUUCCACGUGCGCUUCGGGAAGCUGGGAGUGCUGCGCUCCGGGGAGAAGGUGGUUGACAUUGAAAUCAAUGGGGAGCCUGUGGACCUGCACAUGAAGCUGGGUGACAAUGGAGAGGCCUUCUUUGUCCAGGAGUCAGAUGAGAAAGAGGGCAGCAUCCCCUCCUGCCUCUGCACAUCCCCCAUGGGGCAGAGCCCAGAGGAUGCUGCUCAGUCAUCUUGGGGGCAGGAGAUCUCCAGUGCUGAAGCCACCCUGCCCAAGAGGCGGCACCGGAGGAAGCCCAAGUGGCAGGAGGUGCCAGGCUCUGAGUUAGAAGGCUGUGAGGAGACCCAGAGUGAGGUGUCCAUGGAGGAGCUGUGCAAGCUGCCAGCUCCCAGUGAUUCAUUGUAUUUCUCCUUCACUGAGCUGCCUGAAGAAGAAACCAGGUCACUGCAGUCCCCAGAGAUGCACCCUUACUCUGAUGGGGAGCUGGGAUCCAUGGACAGCCCCACCUUGAGUCAUCCCUCUUCUCCCAGAAGUGACUCUGAGCUGGAGAUCAGACCACGGGAGAAUCUUGCUCUAGGAGCUGAAUCCCACAUGCAGUGGACCUGGGGAAAGCUCCCUCAGGUGAAUAAAUCUGAACAAGUUGAACCAGCAAAGUCCACAAAGACCAUUGCUACUGCAGCAGCCAGUGCCUUUGCAACAUCAGCCCCAGUGCAUGAGGCAAGCCAUCUUGUUGCCACCUCUGAAGGUCUGGGAGGAGGUCCAAGCCCAGCAGAAUUUCAGGACAUGCCUUGUUCUUCCACUGUGUUUGUUGUUAAGCCAACACCCACACCUCAGGAUGGGAAUAGCCUCUCUGGACUGAAGGACAUCCCCAGUCCUGUGGGGGCAGAGAGCUUGUUGGAGGCCUCCUCAACCUUACAGAAGAGGCAGGAGGGAGAUGGGAGUGUUGUGCCAGAGGUUCAGCCAGAUGUGGAGCCAGAGGGAGCUGCUGCUCUGAGGCAGGUGGGCUCAGAGGGCCUUGAGUCACAGCUGGAAAGCCAGAGGAGGCAAGGCUCUCCCAAAAGAAGUCUUCACUUGGGUCCCAGUGAUGUUUAUCUGGAAGACCUCUCCAAACAGGAUGAGGAGCAGGUGGCUCUCUAUUCCCCCAGGAGUGACACAGAGCAGAGUUCACAGUCUGUGGCAGACCCUGGCAAUCCUCAGCUGCCGUCUGACACUCCUGCUGAGACCCCCGUGGACUCUCACCCUGAUUCAAUGCCCACCAUUGCUCUGUCACUGUGUGGAGGCCUGGGUGGCAGCAGGCAGAUCUCUCAUGAGAAGUUCAUGGAGCACAUGGUCUCCUACCAGCAGUUUGCUGAGAAUCCAGGACUCAUUGAUGACCCAAACCUGGUGAUAUUGAUCAACAAGGAGUACUACAACUGGGUAGUGGCUGCUCCCAUGAUCCUGUCCCUGCAGGCUUUCCAGAAGAACCUUCCUCAGAGCACCAUUGACCAACUGGUGAAGGAGAAGAUGCCCAAGAAAGGUGGCAGGUGGUGGUUCUCCUGGAGGAGGAGAGAAUUUCCAGUGGAGAAGCAGCAUUCAAGGCCAGGAAUAGCCAGCGUGGAGACAGUGCAGCCCAGCUCUGCUCAGCAGAGGCAGGAGGAAGAGAAGUCAUCCAGUGAUGAUGAACCUCUGCAGCCUGGGGACAUGCUGGAGGUGGCUGCCCCUGCACACCGCUCCCAGCCCACCUACAGGAGAUCCCUGCGGCUCUCCUCCGAGCAGAUCGAGAGGCUGAGUCUGCAGGAAGGCCCCAACGAGGUGGCAUUCAGUGUGACAACUCAGUACCAGGGCACGUGUCGCUGUGAGGCCACCAUCUACUUGUGGAACUGGGAUGACAAAGUGGUGAUCUCGGACAUCGAUGGCACCAUCACCAGGUCAGAUGCGCUUGGGCACAUCUUGCCACAUCUGGGAAAAGACUGGACUCAUCAUGGCAUUGUUAAGCUCUUCCACAAAAUCCACCUGAAUGGCUACAAGUUCCUCUACUGCUCUGCCAGAGCAAUUGGCAUGGCACACAUCACCAAGGGCUACCUCAAAUGGGUCAGUGAGCAAGGCUGUUGCCUCCCCAAGGGCCCCAUCCUGCUUGCCCCCAGCAGCCUCUUCUCUGCCUUCCACAGGGAGGUGAUUGAGAAGAAGCCAGAGGUGUUCAAGAUUGCCUGCUUGAUGGACAUCCAGAACCUGUUUGCCACAAACCUGCCCUUCCACGCAGCCUUUGGGAACAGAGCCAGCGAUGUCUAUGCCUACAAGCAGGUGGGCCUGCCAGAGAGCCGCAUAUUCACCGUCAACCCCAAGGGAGAGCUGAUCCAGGAGCUCACCAAGAAUCACAAGUCAACGUACGAGCGGCUGUCGGAGCUGGUGGAGCUCAUCUUCCCUCCCCUGGGCCAGGGGGGGAACGUGGCUCUGCUGUGGCCAGAGUACAGCCACUUCACCUACUGGAGAGCUCCACUGCCUGCUCUUGACUUGGAGGACUUUCCCUGACCCCAUCACCU